AUGGGAGUGAAAGUUGGUAGCUUUGGUAACGGAGGAAGAGGACGGAGCUCCGGCGAGCCUAUGUCGAAAGCAGGGGAAGAGCGACGGUGGCGAGUUCGACGGAGGAAGAUGAUGAAUACGGCGAAUAAACAGAGGAGACUCGCGGCGGAGAUGACGGAGGCGGUUAUGGUGACGAGCUUGGCGAUGUGGCGGGUGUGGUGA